AUGGCAGGGACUUGGAAGGCCCUGGUGCUUGUGGCAGGCUUGGCGGCUGUGGCCUGCCUGGCCCAGCGCAGUCUGAGCUAUGACGAAAUUGUCACCCAGGCCCUGAAGUUCUUCAAUCAGGGGCGGCGAGGUCAGCGCAUCUUUGGCCUGCUGGAAAGCACCCCGCCGCCACCUGACUUGAACGCCACCACCAUCCCGCUCAGCUUCAGGAUUAAAGAGACUGUGUGCUUUCUGCUCCGGUACCGCCGACGGCCCCGACAGUGUCCUUUCAGGGAGGGCGGGGAGGAGCGGAACUGCACCGGCGCCUUCUUCAUGCUGCGGCAACUCCGCCUCCUGUCGCUCAACUGCGUGCCGGACGGUGAGCUGAACCAGGAGCCCCGCCGGGUGAGGCGCUCUGCUGGGUCCUCUGGGGAAGACCCUCCGGAACUUGACAGCUCCAGUCUGCCACCUGUGGCCAGGGAAAUGUACGAGAGAGCCAAGUACGACAUCAUCUCCAACAUCCUGAGGAAUUUCUAG